GGGUUAUGUACUUUCUGGAGAAAUAGGGUUUGACAGCCCCAGGUUCCGAUGCCAUCAAUCAUUCAGCUCCUCUCAACUUCAUAAUCAUUCGGUCUAGCCAUUUUUCCCGUAUGCAUAAAUAGGCGGAAAGCAGGAAGACGACUUGCACUCAUGACCCAACUCUCUCAGUCUGACAAUGACUAAAGUACAGCCAGUCAAGCGCACUUCAUCCGGUGCAGGAACACGCGGGAAAGGGACGUACGCUUCGCGAGCAUGCAGUGUUUGCAAGAGAAAAAAAAUCAAAUGCGAUGAAGUCAGACCUUCUUGUGGAUCUUGUGAAGCAUCUGGACGACGUGAAGAGUGUGCUUGGACAGGAGAAAGCGCCCGAAAGCCCCGUACUGAAGCUCAUUUUGAAGCUAUGCGCAGACGAACUGAUGCAUUGGAACGUUACGCCAAUAUCCUCGAAUCUAUGCUCGAAAGAUGCCAAAGAGAACAUGGCGGUACAUAUCAGGAUGGUCAGUCUUACUUGCAGUUUCGACCGAAGGAUUACGGAGAUGGGAAGAUGGAAUAUGAAGAAAUCGAAGGAGAAUCUAGUUUAGAUGGAGAUGAUAUAACAGCAGAGAUUUGUGUUUCCGCACAGAAUCUCACACUGGACGAACGGGGUCUGGUGUUUUACGGGAAUGCUGCACCUUUCCGCUUCGCGAAUACAUUUUGCACUUUGCCGAAACAUGUUUCUAUCAUACCUGAUGUAGAAAUCAAUCUCAGUGAACGAUAUAUGCUCCUAGUUGACGGGGCGGACCCAACUCAUUACGAUCCUCUCUUUGACUGGUCGCGUUAUCUGCCUUCACAAGUCCCUUUAACCCGACAGGAACAUGACAGGGUCCUUGAUCUUUUAUUCAAGUUCUUUACCUCCUGGUGCAUGCGGAUAGUCCCUGUCCUUUUUCUACGCGACAUGUACCGCUACCUCAGCGUACAUCGCUCCCAAACUCCGCCCAAAACAUCCCACUAUUCUCCUAUGCUCCAUAAUGCUCUUCUUGCUGUUGCUACCGGGUUUUCAGAUGAUCCUCAGAUUCGCAACUUCGAAGCUAGAAAUUUUUUCGCGGAUGAAGCAAAACGGUUGAUGGAAUCGGAAGUCCAAAGGCCGAACGUCAGCGUUGUGCAUGCACUUUCGAUGCUCGGUAGUUUCCAUUCUUCAAGCGGCGAGCAAGGUUUGGGCUAUGUGUAUUUCGGAAUUGGGAGUCGAGUCAGUCAAGCUUUGGGCUUGAGUGUAGACUGUUCCGCCUGGGUCAAAUCAGGCCUCAUUACCACGCAUGAUAUGUAUGAUCGAAAUUGGGCGUACUGGACAACGUUUACUCAGGAAGUCUGUUGGUGUCUCUACGUUGGUCGAGACUUCAGUCUCUCGACAACAUCUGAAGGAAACCCUAUACCUGUGCCAUAUGUUGACGCAGAGUUCGAUCAAAUUUCUUGGGAACAUCCUUCUGCGAACAUAGCCCCCCAACCGAAUUAUCUUUCCACCACUUUUGCUGCUACUUGUGAACUCUUGAACAUUGCAAGAAAAGUUAUGGGCGUUGCAAAUUCCCUCCAUGUAUCGAGUCAUCGGCGGGAGGUCAAGGAUGAACAAAUCAGCGGUAUUGAUCUUCAGCUGCAUGCGUGGAAAGGGAAAUUGCCUACCGAGAUUGACAUCACGCAAGCGAACAAGAAUACUUCCACACCUCAUAAGCUCAUGCUGCACUUAUCAUUCUGGUGGACCUUUAUUCUUUUACAUCGGCCGUUUUUUCAUCGUAGGAGGCGCCCGGACACGACCACAAGGGAUAUUGACCAUGUCAAGCUCUGCAGGCGUGCAGCCGAUAACAUUAUGGACCUUCUUGGGAUAUACCGUUCCCUAUAUACACUUCGCUAUGUCCCUGUAACUCCCGUUCAGAUUGUUUUCGCCGCAGGAACCGUCUACAUCCUGCUCGCAGUGCAAGCGACAAGAGGUCUUCGUGUAGCAAAAAAAGACUUGCAGAUGUACGUCGGUCGAGCAGACCUGUGCGUACAAUACUUGGCGGAGAUCGGCAGAAGCUGGAAAUGCGCUUCGGACAUUGCUGAUAUUCUGAGGGGCUUGAUUGCGAUGCAAUUAAGUCCUGUUCUUGAGAAAAAGACGACCGAGUCAUCGAACGUGGAAAAGCAGUGCAGGAAGGUCGAUGCGGAACCCGACCUGUCUACAUCAACCUCCUCAAUCGAGGGAGAUAAGAAAGAUAUCUCGAGCUUGUCUGAUACCUCCCCCUCUUCCGCUACAAUGAAUUUCACCCUUGAUGGAUUCACAAGUUCAUAUCCCGACGCAACCUUCUUUUCAGAAUCAGCCUCACCUUCUAUCUCACCAUCAUCUUCUUACCUAGCGUGGCUUUCAUCUGCCACCUUUCCAUCGAGCAUGCCUCAGCCUGGUCCAAGUAAUACUGCAAACUACGAUCUUUCUAAUUUAUUACAAGAAGACGUUACGCACUCUUCGGUUUCCUCACCUCUAUCCAUUAAUUCGUUCAUCAUGCAUGGGUUCCCUGCACUUGACUCAACCUCAGCUCCCCCAAUAACAUCUAUGGAAACAGCAGGCUUCCUCGCUAUGUUGGGUGGGGAGUCUAUAUCGCACGGCCCGUGUAUACCACCGUUCAGCUCUAUGGAAUAUAUCGAAAUGGAUAAUGUCGAUCAUGGAUAUCUCUCAGAUGCUGGUACUCUUGUGCACGCUGGAUACGACGUUGGUUGCAACGUUUACGAUUGUUGAAGGCGAUCAUGCAGACCAACUAUGAUCUCCAAGUUUCAC